GUCGACGAUCUAUCCGAUGGCAAGCCAGUGUUCCGACUUUUCUCGGCUUUUGCAUCGCGUGUGCCGCUUCCGUCCCGACGCCGACGCCGUCGCCGCCGUCGUCGUCGUCGUCGUCGUCGUCGCGUCAUCGCGUCAUCAUUCUCACGAUUCCAUCCGAUCGUUAAUAUCAGUAUUGUUUGAUCGCGUAAAUCUUGCGUACAGCAGCAGAGUUUGUCGUGUCAAAUUUAUACGUUAACCAAACGUUGCUCCAAAACGCACCGUUCGAACCCUUCAGUUCGCUGACGACGCGCGACGUCGUCGGGCGACACCCAGAGAUGCCCAAUGUUGAUCUUAUGAACGCCAUGGCAUAAGAAGCCACAGGGACAUGUGCCUUUUUGCUUCCUAUUGAUCGGCGCGUUCCAACCGGCGCGACCAUAUUUCGCGGGCUGCAAAAGAUCUGACGUAAUAUAAUUCGAUGAUGAGAUCGUCGACAAAUUGUUGGUAAUCUUCGCAUACGAAGCAAGCAACUUUCGAACGGAUAUCCGACAGAAGACUUGGUUCUCGGUUCAGAAGAAAAUAAACGUUUACUUUGAAGAAGAAAUUGACGAAAUUCAAAAUGGACACCAUGUUGGAGAAAAUGGGAAAACUAAAUCUGAGGAUUCCAAACUGUCCUGUGAAAAGUUCACAGCCUCUGAAGGAAUUUGUUGGUCACUGUCAAACUAUGCCAUCACGAGUGAAAAAGUCGUUUUGUGGCUGCCUCCAGGAUGACGAGCCACCGGAAAUCACGUAUUGCGUUGUGGAGCAUACGGGUACGCUCACGUUACAAGCAAUGACACCGACCUUGCCAAUGCCAGCUGAAGAGGAGUUGAAUAAAAUGUUUCUCGAACUUGUCGACGAGCUCGAUCUGACCCAAACCAAUCGACAAGCAGUUUUGGCACUUCCAGCUAAUAAAAAGUGGCAGAUAUAUUGUUCCAGAAAAGGUAACGGUACAUUGGACAACGGAGGCUUGCGCACCACUGACCUUAGCGGGGAUCCCGAGGACUAUAUCAAUAGAUUGAAGACGAUAGCGAAUAAUCCUUUCCCAGAAGAAGAUGAGGAAAUAUCGAAUCAAAUGCGUCAAGCGGAAGCUCUAAAGACUGCCCUGAGAACGCAGCCGCACAGCUUCGUUCUCAGAUUUAUAGAACUAGAUGGUUUAAACGCUUUAUUACAAGUACUAGGAACUAUGGAUACAGAGGCAGCUAACAGUAAUCUCCACACUAGCGUUAUAGGAUGUCUAAAGGCUUUAAUGAAUAAUUCGAAUGGUAGAGCGCACGUGCUGGCACAUCCAACGGCAAUUAACACGAUAUCACAGUCGCUCGCAUCUGAGAAUAUAAAGACAAAAAUCUCUGUACUAGAGAUUCUCGGUGCAGUUUGUCUGGUGCCAGGCGGUCACCGCAAAGUUCUAGAGGCCAUGUUGCACUUCCAGCAGUAUCAUUCCGAGAGAACGCGCUUCCAGUGUAUAAUCAAUGAUCUUGACAAAAACUUCGGCAUCUAUAAAGACAAUUUAUCUCUGAAAACGGCGAUCAUGUCGUUUAUCAACGCCGUGCUAAACUACGGGCCUGGCCAGGUGACGCUGGAGUUUAGGCUACACCUAAGAUAUGAGCUACUAAUGCUUGGCAUCCAACCUAUUAUCGAGAAACUGAGAAAAUACGAGAAUGAGACGCUCGAUAGGCAUCUCGAUUUUUUUGAGAUGGUACGAAAUGAAGACGAGAAGGAACUCGCCAGAAAGUUCGAAAAGGAACAUGUGGACACUAAGAGUGCUAGCGCCAUGUUCGAGCUUUUGCGACGGAAACUCAGCCACACUGCUGCUUAUCCUCAUCUUCUUAGCUUACUUGAACAUUGUCUUUUGUUACCACUGGAUUAUGGUUCGCAUCCUCAACAUUGGCUGUUGUUCGAUCGAAUCGUUCAGCAGAUCGUUUUACAAUCCGAAAGCAACGAAACGGGAUUAGUAAGAAACCCCGAUGUGGCCCCAAUUGAAAUAAAUGUAAAAGAGAUUGUUCACCUUCUCGCAAAAGAAGAGGAACUUGUGGCAGCAAGAAAGAAAGCCGAAGAGAUGGAACGCGAAAAUUUGGACAUGUCUACGAGAUUGGCUAAGAAGGAGCAAGAACUAGAUUUGAGGUCUCAAGAAAAGGAAGAUAUGGAAGCAAGUUUAGCAAGGAUCAAAGAACGUCUUGAAAAAGAGAUAUCGAUGCACAUAGAGACAAAACAAAAAAUUUCAGAAUUGCAAGAUAACCUCGAGACGUUAUCGCGACAAAUUAACAACGAAAAAUCUGAAAGGAAACGUCUAGAGCAACUAGUGGCUUCAGGAAGUUUGCCAGACGACGCGAAAGCCACUUUAAAAAUUGUGGAAGAUGACGUACUGGAGAAGCUUGAGACUAAAUCCACCCCGCCGCCACCACCACCUCCUCCAUUAGCACCCCCGCCACCUCCCUGUUUAAUGCCGACUGCUCCUCCACCCAUGAAGGUGGAGAUAAUAAAGAAUGUUCCACAACCGAGUAAUCCUUUAAAAUCGUUCAACUGGUCCAAGAUACCUGAGCAGAAAUUGCAGGGUACAAUAUGGUCAGAGCUGGACGAUACGAAGCUCUACAACGUAAUGGAUCUCGAGUCUAUCGAUAAGAUCUUUUGCGCUUAUCAAAAGAAUGGCGUUUCCACGGAAGGCUCGAUAGAAGACUUGAGAACAUUAGGAAAGAAUAAGAAGACGAUGUCGGUAAUCGAUUCAAGAAGAGCGCAGAAUUGCACUAUACUAUUGUCGAAAUUGAAGAUGUCCGAUAAUGAGAUUACCAGAACGAUAUUGUCGAUGGAUCAACAGAAUAUUUUGCACAUCGAUAUGGUGGAACAGUUGCUAAAGUACAUACCAUCUUCAGAAGAGGCUGCCUCGUUAGAUAUCCACCAAAAGGAAUUGCAAAACAGGGCUGACUGUUUCUUGUAUCAAAUAUCAAAGGUGCCGCAUUAUGAACAAAGAUUGCGUUCUCUUCAUUACAAAAAAAAAUUCGCAGCUAGUAUUGCGGAACUGACGCCAAGGAUGCGAGCAGUUUUAGAAGCGAGCCGACAAGUGGCCAGAUCAAGAAGACUCAGAAAACUUUUGGAAUUAGUUUUAGCAUUGGGAAAUUACGUGAAUCGUGGGAACGCGCGGGGUAACGCGUGCGGCUUUCGAUUAGCUUCUUUGAAUCGUCUAGUCGAUACCAAGUCUUCUUGCUCCAAGGGUACGACUUUACUACAUUAUCUUGUGCAGAUUCUAGAAGCCAGAUUCAGAGAAGUCUUAGAAAUCGAAGAGGAUAUGCCGCAUGUUAAAACAGCUGCUAAAGUUAGUAUGGCCGAUUUGCAGAAGGAAGUGGCCAACUUAAAAAAUGGAUUGCAGGAUGUUCAAAGAGAAAUAGAAUUUCAUCGAGGUCAAUCUCAGGUACUUCAGGGUGACAUGUUUUUACCGGCGAUGAGGGACUUCCAGGCGCAAGCCACAUGUAGAUUAGCAGAGGCGGAAGACUUAUUCCAAGACAUGAAAACUAGGUUUGAUCGAGCAGUGAGACUGUUCGGUGAAGAUUCGGCUGGCGUUCAACCAGAUGAAUUCUUUGGCAUUUUUGAAAACUUUUUACAAGCCCUAGCUGAAGCGAGACAAGAUGUAGAAAACAUGAGGAAGAAAAUCGAAGAAGAAGAACGUAGAGCGAAACAAGAACAGGAACUCCGGAAGAGAACAAUAGAGAGAAAAAACUCGCGGGAGGGUAUAUUAAACAGUAUAUCGCUAAGUAAGAAGAAUGAAGCAAACAGUAACGGACAACAGAAUGAUAACAAAGGCGAAUUCGACGACUUGAUAUCUGCUCUUCGAACUGGUGAUGUGUUCGGCGAGGAUAUCGCUAAAUUCAAAAGGUCAAAACGACGACCUGUUACACCUAGCGGUCCGGAAUCACGCAGACAUAGCACUCAGAAGGAAGAUUCUCGAGAACGUCAUUAGUACCUUAAAUUUGGAUCUGUCGACAGAUCAAUCAUUUUCCAGCACAUAAAUUUUUCACAUACAAAAUAAACAUUUGUUUAUUAAAAAUUUAUCGCGUUUAAAAGCACAUUAUAAAUAAUUUAAUUACAAAUACAUUUUAUAAAAGUUAAUUAUAUAAGUAACAUUCCACAAAAAUAUUUAUAGGCGUUUCGCAGACGAUUUGACAUUACACACACGAAAGUCAUAUUAAUUUAACAGUGCAUUUCUAUAUAUCUGCAUCUAUCUAUGAAACGUAAAAUGUUUGUUUGAAUUCAACUCAAAAACAUUUAUACUUAUGUUAAAUAUAAAUCUUUUAAUGCUCAAAUAUAAUGCUUUUCGUAAAAAUUUUUUAUGAGAAAAUUUCCUCUGUUGAAUUUUGUUAGAUUUUCUUGCAGAAAUUUAU